AUGCAAGGUGUUGACGUCAUCCUCAUGCUGUCCGAGCGAUCGGGCAGCGCUGAGGAGGAACACACCACUGCGUGCGACAGGAGCGCCGCAGCUGUGGAGCGCGCACGACGAACCUUGGUGAGGCUGGCGGCCCGAUCCCCGGCGAGGCCUCCGGGACUAGUGGCGGACGCGUCGCCGCCCGCUCUUCGUGACCCGAGUACCUCCGUCGACGACAUGUCCUUGCACGUCGUCAACUCGAUAUCUUUCUUGCUCGGCGAGCAACAGAAGAGUCAGCAAGGAAGCCGGCCGAACAGUCCCGCGGACCUGUCUCACGUCGUGGCUGGGGACAUCGAAAACAGGUCACAUAGCAAUGGCGAACCUGGUGUCGGUGGCGCGGUGGCCGUGAACCCGGUGGGAAGCGAUGGCGCCGAAGCCGGGGUCGAAGCCCAUGCCGUGGCCAAAGCGCCGACGCGCCACGUGGGAGUGGUCGCGCCGCGCAGGGCCCAGGACGAGGAGCUGCGCAGCCUGUACUUCCAGGACGGGAAGCGUCGCAUCGACUUCGUGCUCGCCUACCAGAAGUCGGACGACUCCGUGAUCGAGAACUAUCGGCGCGUCUUCGAGGACAACCUCCGGAAGGAAGGACUAGAACUCGAACUCGAGGACGCGACGGCGUCAAGAGACGGCAAGACCAACUUCCUGAAGAUUCACGCUCCUUGGAAGGUGCUCGUGAAGUAUGCGGAGAAGCUCCACUUACGGAUGCCAAUUAAGCUCGAGAACGAAUCGACGGAAGUGGAAAACGAAGGCAAGCCCAAUGCGCUGGAGGCCCUGUGGGCCAAGUUUUGGACGCCGUUCCCUUACAACAAGCAACUCAUACCCGACGAAACUGAGUACUUCAACGCUGAGUUCGUGCGACAGCGAGAGCACAUGGUCCAUGUGGCAGUGGACCGUUCGACUCUCUUACAGAAAUUCCCACAGAACGAAGGGUUGCUACUUUACAGCGAGUGGGCUCGACCGGCAUCUUGGUACAAGCAGCAGCCGCUGGUCCUCAUCAGGCGCUACUUCGGCGAGAAGACCGGCCUCUACUUCGCCUGGCUGGGCUUCUACACGUCGAUGCUGUUCCUACCGGCUGUGGUGGGAGUUAUGACAACUUUAUACGGAAUAUUUGAAAUGGCCACAAACACGCCUACGGCCGAGACCUGUGACCCCAACAUUGCCGGAAGCUUCGUCCUCUGUCCAGGCUGCAAGAAGCGCUGUACAUACGACUACCUUUACACCAAGUGCACAUUCAGCAAGGCUAGUUAUAUGACCACCCAGUUUCUUCGCUGGCACAUUCUCCAGAAUCUGCUUCGGAUCGUGUACAUGUUUGAUAACCCGGCCACCGUUGGAUUUUCCAUAUUCAUGGCACUUUGGGCCACCAUUUUCAUUGAGCUCUGGAAAAGGCGCCAAUGCGUCCUCGGUUGGGAAUGGAACCUCGCCGAUAUCGACACACUCACGGAUGUCGUAAACCCCGAGUAUGAAGCCAAAGCCACAGUGUACAAGCUGAACCCAGUGACUAUGAGAUACGAACCAUACGUGCCUUUUUGGGAAAAAAUGAUCAGAAUAUCAGGGCCAACUCCAUCGUGCUGUUCAUGUGAUGCUCCUCAAUCGCAGUUGUGCCUUGUGAUAUGCACCGUGUUCGGGAUCAUCGCCUACCGCAUCAUUCUGGUGGCGCUGCUUUCCCGAGACCAGAGCUGGCGCGCACUGGCCCACGUCACCACGGCGGUGACCGCCUCAAUGCUCAACCUGGUUAUCAUCUUGCUCAUGAACAGGGUAUACAGCAGAAUAGCCACACGGUUGACCGACAUUGAACGACCGAGGACCCAACGGGAGUAUGAAGACAGCUUCACCUUCAAGAUGUUCCUGUUUACGUUUCUCAACACCUACUCUUCACUGAUAUACAUCGCAUUCUUUAAAGGAAGGUUCUCUGGGCACCCGGGCAAGGAGGGAACGCUUUUUGGAUACAGCUUGGACAAGUGUGAAGGUGGCUGUCUGUACGAAGUGUGCGUUCAGCUGGCCAUAGUCAUGGUGGGCAAACAAGUCAUCAACAACAUUCAAGAAAUUGGACAGCCUCUGGUGAUGAACUGGUGGCGUUCCUGGCGACGGGAUCACAUGACCCGGGACAGUGGCGAUCGCAGGGGCUCCGUGGCUCGCUGGGAGGCCGACUACGUGCUAGCCCAGUGGCACACUCUCUCCCUCUUCGACGAGUACUUGGAAAUGGCCAUCCAAUUUGGCUUCGUCACUCUGUUUGUGGCUGCAUUCCCGCUGGCACCGCUGUUCGCGCUUCUGAACAACAUCGUGGAAAUCCGCCUGGAUGCGUACAAGUACACCUCGCAAAUGCGCAGGCCACUUGCCGAGAGGGUACCGAACAUCGGGGCCUGGCAGGUGAUACUAAAAGGUGUGUCCGUAUUCGCCGUCAUCUGCAAUGCGUUCCUGAUCGCCUACACGAGCGACUUCAUACCGCGCAUGCUGUACCGCAUGGUGCACAGCAAGGGCCACAACUUGCGCGGAUUCGUCAACUUCACGCUCUCGUCGUUUGACACGAGCGAUUUCGACGACGAGACUCGGCCGGACAACGCCACGUUGGACGGGAUCGUUGUACGCCAGUGCAGGUACCUGGACUACCGCGAGCCGCCGGGCUCGGAAAGCGAGUACCAGCUGACUCUGACGUACUGGCACAUAUUCGCCGCCAGGCUCUUCUUCGUCGUGGUUUUCGAGCACGUGGUCUUCUUCAUAACUGGUUUGGUGGCAGCCCUGAUACCAGACGUGCCCAGGUCGGUACAGCAGCGAAUCAAGCGGGAGCAGAUCGUGGCGCAGGACAUCAUCGCUGGACUUGACAGCGGCCUGCAGCCUCAGCCCUGCAGAGGCUGCAGGAGUGGCUCCUCAGCACGCAGCAACUAAGUUCGAGAGCAUUCUU